UUCACAUUCUCAUGGGGCUGCUGGACUAUAAAAAGUGGGAGAAACCUGGAUGAAGGCACCAUCCGGUCCAAAUCUUCCUGCAGUACAGGUCUUAUCCAGUCAGCAGUCAUGAAAUUCUCCCUCAUCGCCGCCGUCGUCGUGCUCGCUCUGGCACAAGGAAGCUUCGCUCAGGAUGCCACUGAUCUUGAGAAGCUCAGUCAGUACUUUGAGGACAUGAAGACCAAAAUGACUACAGAGCUGACUGCGAUCAUGCAGAACCAGGAUUUUGCCAACCAGGCUGAGACCGUCAGGACCCAGCUGGAGCCCCUGGCCACUAAGCUGAAGGAGGUUGCCACCAACAUCGAGGAGCAGCUCAAGCCCCUGACCGACAACAUCCAGGCCCAGGCCCAGCCCAUGGUGGACAACUUCCAGAAGCAGAUGGAGGCCAUCUUCCAGAAGGUGACAGAGCACACCAAGGCCCUCGCCAACUAAAUCAGCUUCCAAAAGACUCAAACUUGCCCCCGCAACACCAUCUCCCGUCGUGGGCCGAGUUAACGGAGCUCCUUGCGUCUGAAGGCUGAGCCUGAGUUCAUGGAGCCUAAAACGUGUUUCAGUGCUUGCUGACGUUGACAUCUGUGCCAUAAAGCGUAAUAAAAACAUGGAACACAA